AUGGCCCAAGUCAAGAAGAAGGUCGCCUUCAUGACCUCCGGGGGUGAUUCCCCCGGUAUGAAUGCUGCCAUACGAGCUGUUGUCCGCAUGGCCAUCUAUCUAGGAUGCGAUGCCUACUGCAUCUACGAAGGCUACGAAGGCCUCGUCCAGGGCGGCAAGUUGAUCCGGAAGAUGGAAUGGAACGAUGUACGCGGCUACCUCUCUGAAGGUGGAACCCUUAUUGGCACCGCAAGAUGCAUGGCCUUCUACGAACGACCCGGUCGACUCACCGCCGCCAAGAACAUGAUCCUCAAUGGCAUCGACGCUCUUAUAAUCUGUGGUGGUGACGGUUCGCUCACUGGUGCCGACAAGUUCCGUCAAGAGUGGCCAUCUCUCGUAAAAGAGCUCGUCUCGACCGGCUCUCUGACGAAAGAGCAAGUCGCCCCCUACCAGCACCUGAACAUCGUCGGCCUGGUGGGCUCCAUCGACAACGAUCUCUCCGGCACAGACGCCACCAUUGGUUGCUACUCCGCCUUGGCCCGUAUCUGCGAGAUGGUCGACUACAUCGAGGCCACCGCCUCAUCACACUCCCGAGCCUUUGUCAUUGAGGUCAUGGGAAGACAUUGCGGCUGGCUCGCACUAAUGGCAGGUGUGGCAACCGGCGCCGACUUCGUCUUCAUACCCGAGAAGCCCAGGGAAGAUAACUGGGAGGAAGAGAUGUGUCAGAUCAUCAAACAGCACCGACAUUGGGGAAAGCGCAAGACCAUCGUCAUUAUUGCCGAAGGCGCUCGAGAUCGCCAUGGCGGCAAGAUCACCCCUGACAUGGUGAAGAACCUCCUAGCCGACAAGAAGGGUCUGGCUCUCGACACCCGCAUCACAACCCUCGGCCACGUCCAAAGAGGAGGAACAGCAGUCGCAUACGACAGAAUGCUCGCUACACUACAGGGCGUUGAGGCUGUCAAGGCCGUACUGGACGCCACCCCUGAGACCGAGACUUGCUUCAUCGCUAUUACCGAGAAUAAGAUCACCAGGAAACCUCUCAUGUCUGCCGUAAAGGAGACACAGGAAGUCGCGAAACUCAUCGAAGAGCAGCAGUUUGACAAGGCCAUGGCCCUUCGCGACACCGAGUUCUCGGACCAAUACAAGUCCUACAUGAUGACGACUACGAUGGGACUGGACGAGGACAUUAACCUGCCAGAAGACAAGCGAAUGAAGAUCGGCUUCAUCAACGUCGGAGCCCCGGCUGGCGCCAUGAAUGCGGCAAUCCGAGCUGGAGUAGCUUACUGUCGUUCUCGAGGGCAUGAGCCGAUAGCGAUUCACAACGGAUUUGCAGGUCUCGCGCGACACCACAGCGACGGAGCGGUUCGACCAUUCGACUGGCUCGAGGUUGACGGAUGGGCCAGCAAGGGCGGUUCAGAGAUUGGAACGAAUCGCGAACUGCCCGAAGAAUCAGGAAUGGGGCACAUUGCCUACCUGCUCCAGAAGUACAAGUUUGAUGCCUUAUUCCUGAUCGGUGGUUUCGAGGCCUUCCAUGCUGUGUCACAGCUGCGCAUCGCUAGAGAGAGAUACCCGUCGCUCUGCAUCCCAAUUACCUUAUUGCCAGCCACCAUCUCCAACAACGUGCCCGGCACAGAGUACUCCCUCGGGUCUGACACAUGCCUGAACGAGCUCGUUGCCUACUGUGACAAGAUCAAGCAAUCGGCAUCUGCUACACGACGACGAGUGUUCGUCAUCGAGACGCAAGGCGGGCGAUCAGGGUAUGUCGCAACCCUUGCUGGACUGGGUGUUGGUGCCAGCGCUGUCUACAUCCCCGAGGAAGGAAUCAGCCUGGCGAUGCUCAACGCCGAUGUGGGACAUCUCAAGGAAGUCUUCAACAAGGACAAGGGCCAGUCUCGAGCAGGAAGGUUGGUGCUCGUCAAUGAGAAGGCGAGUAAGACCUACAGUGCUAAACUUAUCGCGGACAUCAUCCGCGAGGAGGCCCACGAUCGGUUCGAGGCCCGAGACAGCAUCCCGGGUCAUGUCCAACAAGGCGGAGUGCCUUCGCCGAUGGACCGAAGCCGUGCCGUGAGACUUGCCAUCAAGUGCAUACAGCACCUGGAGACGUUUGGCCCCAAGGGCUACGAGACGCCUGAUCAAAUCAGUCAACAGCCUCUGAGCGCGUCAGUCAUCGGCAUACAAGGCGCUGCGGUGGUAUUCUCCGGCAUGAAGGAUUUAGAAGAGAAUGCGACGGAUUGGAAGAACCGACGACCGAAAUCUGCCCACUGGCUGGACAUGAAGGACGUGGUUAACAUCUUGGGCGGCCGCCCUGAGUAUCCGUUACCAGAGAAGAGUUUGAUCGGCGUCAUAGCCAAAGACACCAAGCGCGGGCUGGAUUAA